CAGUCACUGCAGUCGCAGCCAAUGAUAAGUAAUCCAAACAGAUAAAAGAAAUGUUCCCUUUUGUUUUUGUAAAUCACAGUAUUGUUUUAUGAAUGACGCAACAUGUAGUAUAUAAACGUCCAACUACCUUUGAUCUUUCUUUCAAAAAUAAAUUAUCAUUGUAGCAACGCUAUAUUAAAUUUUCUUGUUACAAAGUUGUUAGAAUCUCCAAAUUAAUCAUGAAUUUCCAGUCUCUUGUGGUGCAUAUUUUGUUUAUACUCGGUUUUUCUGUCAUCUCGUCUCUUGCAGUGAAACCUGUAUUAACUGUAUUACCGAAGGAUUUGACGUUUGGAGUGCAUGAAAAUGGCUCAUUCACUGUUAACCUUCAUGUUCCAGCUCCUGAAAAUAUAACUAUUUAUUUUAACUACUCGGACGGAAAUAAUUUAUUUCCAUUGCCAAAUGACAAGGUUAUUGAAGAAAAUUCAACAGCCAACUUCACAUAUAAUGUGCAGCCUAAAGAUGCUGGGCACACCACAGUUCUCGUAAAAGCUUCACCACCUGUUGUUGGUACCAAAGAUGCAUUUGUGAGAGUUGGUGUUUAUAAGAAACAUGGCUGGGUGAUUGUUAGUGAUAUCAUUGGGUGGCUGUACUUCAUUUGCUGGUCUAUUUCUUUUUAUCCACAAAUAAUUGACAACUACCGCAGAAAAAGUGUUGUUGGAUUGAAUUUUGACUUUUUGGGACUCAAUUUGACUGGUUUUAUUGCUUACUCUGUUUUCAACAUUGGUUUAAAGUUUGUCCGAGAAGUGCAGUUAGAAUAUCAUUCCAUCAAUCCAACUGGAGUCAUUCCUGUCGAAAUAAAUGAUGUUGUAUUCGCUGUACAUGCCACCUUUGCUACAGCUGUAUGCAUCGGGCAAUGUUUUAUUUAUGAGAGAGGAGAUCAGCUAAUUUCAAAAACAACUGUUGCUGCUCUAGCUCUUGUUUGGUCUACUGCUGCAGUUUUUCUUCUUCUAACUGCACUUGAUGUUAAUAAAUACACACCCUGGCUUACAUUCUUGUACUUUUUUUCAUAUGUGAAACUUGGAGUUACACUCACAAAAUAUAUACCACAGGCUGUUUUUAACUAUAAAAGAAAAUCAACUGCUGGUUGGAGCAUUGGAACUGUACUGUUUGAUGUUGUUGGAGGACUCUUCAGUAUUGGACAAAUGUUUAUUAUUGCAUAUAACUUUAAUGACUGGUACUCCAUUGUUGGAAAUUUUACUAAAUUUGGUCUAGGUUUGGCUUCUAUUACCUUCGAUGUCAUCUUUAUGGUUCAGCACUUCAUUCUUUACAGGAAGCAUCCAGGAACAGACUCCAUGGAAAACUCUUUGAUGGCUUGAAUCAAUAUUCAAUUUUAACUUUUAAUUUUAUGUGUGUGUGUAUCUAUAGAUACAUAUACUUUUUAACAACCCACCUAGUUUGAUAAUAUUAACAUUUUAUUUAUUACAAUGACUUGUUUUGCUAUCUCAGCAUAAUGUGAGAUAUUGAUUGAAAAUAUUUUUAUAUUCGUUUUAAUUUUAUCACAAGUAACAGCUAUUUACUCAUAUUGCAAGGAACCCAAGAACAAAUUGAUUUUUUAAAUGGUUCCAAAGGAGAGAGAGAGGGGGGGGGGGAUCUAUUAUGUUUUGAAAAAUAUUUUAGAUCCAAGAUAUUAUGGAAAUCAAAACAAUUUUUUAAAGAAAGAUAUUCAAAUAAUUUGUAAAAAUUUAAAUUGCACCAUAGUCAUUUUCAAUUUUAGCAUUUUAUAAUUGCUACCUUUCCUAGUAAAGUUCAAAAUGAAUAAACAUCUUUCUGCAAUACAUUAACAGCAGUCAACAAUAUGAUAAAGCAAAUUGAUUGCAUUAACAUGUUUCGAGAUUUCAAGGAAACCCCUUUUCAAUGCAAAAAAAAAGUGAACUUUUUGAAUGCACACACUUUUUUGCAUCUUUAAAACUCCAAGACACUUGUAUACAAUCAAUUGCUUAUUUAAACUUUAUUUACUGAUGUUACUGGUUUGGUUGCUUAUUUAUACUCAUAGUCAACCAUUAAAUAAAUACGCAACCUUACUUCUGUCUUGAUCUUUGAUGGCAUCGCCAAAAACAAAAGGGGAGAACACAUUCACUCAGAUCUGUUUUAGCUGUUACUCUUUUAUGCAAUUAUUUUAAAUGCUCAUAAUACACUUGAUUUUAAUGAUAAUUUUUCCCUCACAAAUCAAUGAAUGAAAAAUACUCACAAGCCAUUCAGAGGUAAAAUAUUACCUCAAUUUCAAUCAAUAUGCAUGAAAUACUUAAUUUUUUCUUAAAGUGGUUUUAAUAUAAAUUAUAUUUAUGUUGUGCUUAACGUGAAUAUAUAACUCAUUGUUGAUAUUUAUAAAUGUUAUUGUUAAAAAUAUUAUCUAUUAUGCUUGCUCAGCACGUUUGGUUUCAGUGUAAAGGUAGCAUUUUUGUAUUUGUUACCUCAUUUUUGGUUUACAAUGCUAGUCAACAUAAGUGUUACAUCCUACGUGUAAAUAAAGUGCAUUUCCAAAAAAAAA